AUGACUUGUUGCGAGAGUGCGAGAUGCAGCGAUCAAUCAAAGCAGUCGGGCGCGUGCCGCCAGCGCCAUCUUUACCCCCGUUGUGACGUGCGGUUGCCCGAAGCGGUCAAAAUACGUACCAAGCAAGCACCGGUGUCGAUUGUGUCUCGGACGGCGAGACACAGCGAGCGGCAGCAGCAGCAGCAGCAGCAGCAGCAUCCGCUCCGGCCGCCGCCACCGUCGCCUGCCGUGCGCUGCGGUGCGACGGGCCCGUACACUGACCCCACCGCCAACGGCUGCAGCAGUGGCCGCCCGAUAGCAGCGGCACCGAAGACGGCGUCCAAAAUCGAAACGAUGGCGGAAGCCCAGCGGCUGAUCGGCAUCUCGCUGGCGAAGAUCGCCCAAUCGCGGGUGUGCCGCGGGGGCGUCUCGCUGCACAAGAACCUGCUGGUCGCGACCGUGCUGCAGAAGGCGCGGUACAUCUUCAUGGAGGAAGCGUACCACAUCGUGCACGGUCACUAUCUGCAGCAGCAGCAGCAGCAGCAGCAGCAACACCAUCAUCAGCAGCUGAUGCAGGAGCAGCAGAAUGCGGCCUACCUGCUGGCGGGGCACUGUGACGGUUCCCCGGCUGAUGACGGCGGCUGCGAUGACGACUGUAGCAAUAACAACAACAACAACAGCAAGUGUAGUAGUGGGUUGGAAGAGGAGGAGGAGAAGCAGCAGCAGCAGCAGCAGCAGCAGCAGCAGCAACUGCUCGCCGCGCGAUGCAGCCCCGUGGAGGAGCUAGUGGACCCGGUGGAGGAGGAGGACGGGGCCACGACGACCCUUUCGUACGAUUGUGACACCACCAACACCACUACCAUUCUGCCUACGACGAUCGGGAGCCUGGGACCGCUGGAACCGCUCAACAUGUGCCGCAACAACGGUUCCCCCUCAGCAGCAGCACCCGCCGGAACCACGCACGAGCAGGCGGACGAGGAGGAGGAAGAGGAGGAGAAGCAAACAUCAACGUGCCAGGAUGUGGCCGCCCAUCUGUUCCUGCUGCCCGCGCUGGCGCCCUGGAUCGGUGCGCCCGAGGAUAACAAGGAGAACAUCGGCAGUUCCUUUUCGUUCCUGCCGGCGGCAGCGUCCCCGUUCCACUACCAUCACGACGAGGAAGAGGAAGAGCAGGAGGAAGAGGACGAAGAGGAGGAGGAGGAGGAAAACACUUGCCAGGAUCUGUCCUGCCACCGGCGGAAGCAGGAAGCGGCCGACCACCAGCCGGAACUGGCCAGAAAGCAGCUCGAGUCGGCCGUCCGGUCGAAGGGUGCGCUGCGCUACUUCGAUCUGGACGAUCGGCGCACGGCCCGGCACGAGCGACGGCGCCGAAGACACCGGACGGAAGGGGACGACGAGCAGCAAACGUUCCCGUCGGUACCCGCGAAACGGCGCCGCUCGUCCGACUGGGACCGGUCGGCGGUGGAGCUGCCCGACCAGCAGGCCGCGACCGAUGACCGCAUCCACCCGAUACCGCUCCUGUCCGCCAAGCGGCUCAAAACGAUCGACAACCAGCAGCAGCAACCGCGUCCCCUAACGCCGGCCCUCUGCCCCCAGCCACAGUUCUACUCGUCCCCGCACGAAACCAUCUGCCCGGGCGACGCGGAAACCCUGUCCGCGUGCGUCAACCAGCAGCUGGAGGCGGAAAAUUUGAGCACGAGCGGCGGCGGCGGCGGCGGCAGCAACACCGCACCGGCGGAAGAGCCGGAAGUGGAGCAGCAGCAGCACCCGGAGGAAACGGACGCGGCCGCCCCAGCGCCGGCCCCGUCGGUCGAGAGCAUCGACCGGAUAACGUCGUUGGUUUCGAUUUUUAGCUUCGGCAACCUGUCCCGCUCCGUCUCGACGCCGGACGUGUUCUGUGCGGCCCAGGCGCAGAAGGACGCCCGGCCGGAUGCGGGCGGCUCCCUGCUGUCCAGCCAGCUGCAGCAUCACGGCCAGCGCGGCUACCUGACGAUGACGGUGUAACUAAUGCUGGUGGCGGCGUGCGCGCGCGGGCAGGCGGAGGGAGGUUUGUUUGCAGACAGAUAGAGCAAAAGCAAAAAACAACGGACGUGAUAGUAGAAUAUCUAACCUAAGUCGCUGGGGAGGGAACAAAAUGGGAUGUCUGCGUAAAAAUGUGAAAAAAUCGAAUGUUUUCUCCUUUUUUUUUUACAGCAGCGAGAGGGGCAGUAAACGGGUAAUGGUAGGGUUGAAUGAGUGUUUGUGCGCGCGGGUAGUGCCUCUUACAUAGAAGUAGUCUUUUAGAAGUAACGGAAGCAGCAGCAGCUCCCAUUUUCCAUUCACAUUCACAAAUCAAACUAUUUAUCGGUUAGGUUAGGCUCGAAUUUCGAAUUUAAAAACCCUCCCUCCCUCUUCUGUUCUCGUGGGGUGUGGGAAAAGCCACUGACCGUUGCGGAGAAAGAGUAGCAGCAGCAGCAGCAGUUAGUUUAGCUCCCAAUCGCCUUAUCCGCGGUUUCCUCUUUUGACCCUUUUUAAUACCUUCACACACAGACACAGACACACACACGUAAAAAUUAUGGCUAAAGGGAGUAGAGUGGGGCGUAAAAAAGGGGUGGCGGGGGGGUUAGAGGUGAUCGGUUCGUAUCAUCUCCCCAACCGGGUGGCAAAACGGUACUUUGCAUCGAACAUCACGAUCAUUAGCGAAUUGAGCUUAGAAGAAGGAAGGAAGAGGAGCGAACCAUAAAACUCACCCCUUCACUACCCCCCUCCCGGUCAGUGUGAGUGAGAAGCUUGAGAAGAGCAAUAAGAAGAAGGGCCUGUUAGCAGUCCCCCCCCCCCUCUGGUUCGAUGCGCGUGACGCGCGUAUCAUCUUUACAUCUCUCCCUAGAAAGAUGGGGCAGAGCAGGGGGAAGAAGAAGCAUAUUGCAUAGAAGAGAAAGGAUGAAAAAGCAGCGCCAAGAGUAAGUGGACACUGCGGUGUGGUUCGCGAUCGUGUCUAGGUUGAAGAUCGCGCAAGAGAAAUACGCGCAAGCAGCAGCCGGACGAUCGGUAGUAAAGGGGCGCGCGCUUAAAGCAUAAGUAGCUCCGCUCUCUUCCUGCUCCCGUAUUGGGGGGGGGGAUAGGAAAGGAGGCUGAAUUGGUUUAGCGGCUGCUGCUGCCGCUUCCGUCUGUGUUUGUGCCCAUUACCCCAUCAAUCGGAGGCUUUUCACGUUCCUUGCUUCGUUUACGGCAUUCCCACCCAGCAUAAUGAUGCGUCCAACGGAA